AUGGCACCGGGAGAGCGCUCAGAAGAAGUCUGGCUAUGGUACACAGCAGUAUACGAGGCGAUUCAAGAGGUGCCUUCCGGCAAGGUCACUAGCUAUGGUCAUAUUGCAAGACUAGUAGGAAAGCUCGGAGUGUGUCUCAAGAACCUGCCUUCGCCAUCGACCGAUAGCAGCAGGAAGAGUCCAACGUUCCAUAGCCGCAACGUGCCUUGGCAGCGCGUGAUCAACGCCAAAGGCGGCAUCAGUCCGAGAGGACCGAGCGCAGCGGCUCAGCAAGCAGAUGCGCUGCGCAGGGAAGGGGUCGAGGUCAGCCAGGAUGCCAUGGGGCAGUAUACAGUGGACCUUGGGAGAUACGGCUGGUUUCCUGAUGUCCUUCCCAGCGAGGCUGGCCUAGUCGAAAGUAGCGACGAGGAGGAUGAGGAGGAGGCCGCCUCCAAUACACAUUCUCCGUUUGCACCCUACCAGCCAGUCACAAUAUACAUCAGAGCCUCAACCACCGAACCAAGCCGCAACACCGCCAUGUCGACUUCCCAGACCUUCACGAGCGACCUCCGCAGCGAUGCCAAGGAGUUCAACCGCGACAAGAACAACAGGGCGAAGUGGGCGCAUGGACAGUCGUUCGGCCCUGGACGGCGGGAGGAAGACGGCAAGCCGCGUCCUGCUAAGCUGUACCCUCACGUCAAGGCAUCGUCCCACGGUCCCAUGAAGGCGCGCGCCGCUUUCAACAAGGACAUGGCUUCCGCUAGUGACGAGUCGUCCGCUGACGAGGACGUUGAGCACCCGUCCGCUGCACCUGCUCCAGAUGCCGACAUCGCCUACUCGUUCGACGCCCAUCGGGGUCCCAGCCAUGGCAGCCAGAUCCUGAACCACGCUCUCGAGAAAGCCGUCCAGCGCUUUGAGACCAAGGAGACGGAGAAGCUGGUAAAGAAUGAGUAUGAGGUGCUUGACUUGUACGAUGAGACGCCACGGCCCAAGCGACAUGUGGCUCCUGAAGAUGACGAGUACGACCCCCCUUUCGACUCUUUUAUCGCCCGCGGCCUCGUUGAUGGCGCGCGCCGCUUAGGGUGA